AUGCUCAGGAUCGUGCUCUUAUUUUUAUUUUUCUUUCACCAGGUGCUAGCUCAAACACCGCCAGAAUUUGAGCCAUCGACGAAAGAAAGGCUCGGUGUAUCCUUUGGACACAAUGGACGAGUUCACCCAGGAGCAAAGAUCCCAAAAUACGAGGCAAACCACAAGCCCCGUCUUGAUCUCAAAUCUGUAGCCGAGAUUCCUCCCUUUGGCCGUCAUCGUGCCAGGUACUUGGUCCUCAUGAUCGAUCUAGACGUGCCGCGAAAUGACACAACUGUGCCGUUGCUACAUUGGUACCAGCCCGACUUCAUUAUCAAAGAUAAAAAGACCCGAGCGUUAUCCGUGCAGCAUUUUAGCAAACGGGAAAAGGCAAAGUACAUUGCACCCUCGCCUCCGCCGGGUGAUUCAGCACACCGAUACGUACAGAUCUUAUUUGAGCAGCCGGAUCGUUAUAUCUUUCCGCCAGAGUUUGAUAAGUACCUGGGAAAGAACCCAGAGGCGCGUAUGGGGUUUGAAAUCAAGGGAUUCAUUAGAGCAGCAGGGCUGGGUGAGCCGGUGGCGGGGAGCUGGUUCUUGGUCCAAACUUUGAAGUGA